AUGUCUGUGGUCAACACCGUCCUACUGUUGGUCAUCUUUUCUGUGGGACAGACGUUGUCGGAAUAUAUCCUCACAGCAAACCCUUCCCAAGUGGAAUUUGGCAUCACGGAGCAGCUGACACUAGACUGCAGGUUCCGAGGCGGCUCCAGUAGUUUGCAGAGCGACAUAAUUGCCCAAGUAAGGAUCCUCAAAGAGAUGGAACCAGACAACUUUACGAUAGUGGCCGAGGUCAAGGACUCUGCCCCAGAGCUUGUCAACGUGGGCCUAGGGCCAAGUGCAAAUAUCUCAGGUCUUGUGGCUGAUGUGGCAUCCUCGUAUUUAUCCAUUCACUGGAAGCAGGCCACGCCCGACAUUCUUGGCAGGUAUCGCUGUGACGUUGUGGGCUUCAAGGCCAACCAAGACCCCUACAUCGAUAGAACCGCUGUGCUUGUUUUGAAACAAAGCAACCUAACGGUGGAGAAUGUUGUGGAUUUCAUUGUUCGUCAGAAAGCUGAGCUGGAGACGAAGCUGCAGGAUCAGAAAGUCUAUUGUGAUAAUAAACUGGCUGUGGUUGAGUCUAGCAUCCAUCAAAUACUGGAAGCCAUUAGGAUGGACCAGGAGAACUCCAGUCAGCAGUUCCAGCAACAUUUGUUGGAGCUGACAGCCGUGCUUGAGGUGGAUGUCGCCCGACUUAUGGAAACCGGUGUGCUCCAGUACUGGCCACAAGGAACCUAUGCCCUGCUGAUGCCCGAUUCUGACUGCCCUAACAACGCGGGGGCGGUGUGGCAGACUGGCAUCGUUGUCUUUCACACGGAGUCGACAGAUCGCAACUACGACGAAGUUUCUACGCCGUCACAUCUCGCGCCGCCAGCACUACAGCGAAAUGGUUUCAACAAUUUCAUCACACAACAGUUUUGCGUCUCCAGUGAUCUGUCUCCGGGAGCCGACUGGCCGAGAGGUGCCUACUGCAUCAACCGCGUGGGCAACGUGUGCCCUAGUGGCUUUGGUUCUGGCUACAUCAGCUGGCAAAAUGAGGUCACGGGAUCCCAAUCGUCGAGCAGCGGCAAGCUGCCGGACGGCGUCUACACACUCAACGAGACCAUCAUUGACUACUGCUGCAGGAACGAUGGAGACCACCAGGAACCCAUCUAUCUGCCUAGAGCUCGUCCCUUCUACCUGUACCGGUACAACGGCACCUGCCAACAGGUGGUCGGGAUGCAGGCUUCGCCCGAGUUCGUCACCUUCGAUACGGACAAUUCCAAUCAGGACGCCUAUGAGAACCAGUUUCACCCAGACGGUGCAAUCAAUAAUGUCCAUAUUGAGCUCUGCUACUAUACACAAACAUAA